AUGCUUUCUACCACCUAUGUGCAAUCAUUUAAUGUUGGCUCUACAUCUUGUGCAGACCUUUUAAUGCGCCUGCUGGGACUAACACUAGCAGGAGGAAGCGGGGACAGUGAUGGUGACCCCCGAGUCCGGCAGCUGUUCCUCAGCAUCCAGAGGAGAGACUCGGGAACCAUGAGACGAAUGAUCGAAACCGACCGUGGACUGCUGACAGCAGUCUGCAAAGAUUUCACUCCCCUGGGUUACGCCAGCUACAUCGGGGGGAUAGGUUUGAUGGACACACUGCUGGAGCUGGGAGCUGACCUGGAACUCAGAGACCCCAAAGGACGGACUCCUCUCCUGAAUGCAACAGAAGGGAAAGAGCCGGAGGCAGCGUUUCACCUGAUUGACAAAGGGGCAAAUGUGAAUGCAUCCAACAAGAAGCAGCAGACUGCGUUGCACUUCGCAGCCAUCCGCGACAUGCCGGCCGUGAUCCAGCGACUGCUUCUGUGCGGCGCCGACAUCAAUGCAGAAGCGUGCUUGGAGCUGAUACUGGAGCUGGAGGAUCGUCCUCAUGUCGAGGAUCGGCUGAACGGCGAGUUCACUGCCCUGCACAUCGCUGCCAACAACGACCACGUGGAGUGUGUGGGGCUGCUGAUCCUGCUGGGUGGAGCCAUUGUCGACCACGGAGAUGGACGUCGACAGUUGACUCCUCUACAUCUGGCGUGCAGGAACGGGCAGUUCAUGUCUGCAAAGUGUCUUCUAGAAAUGGGAGCAAAUGUGAAUGCCAUAGACAUCUAUGGAAUUACACCUUUACACUUGGCCAUGGGCAAGGUCCCCAAGCAAGACCAAGGGUCAGAGGGUUUAGACAAAGAUCUGACAUCUGAUGAGCGCAUUCGAAUAGCAUGUCUACUCAUUGACAACGGUGCUGUCAUAGAUGUCUGUGACUACAGUGGCCGGACACCAAUGCACUUCGCACAAACCGACGUCCAGAGAGCCAUCCAACAGUACAUUGAUGGACAGAGCAAUGCUGUGAAGGGUUGUGUUAGCUCCGAUGUAGCCCCAACCUUGGCUGUAACCUCUGACCCCUGUCCCAGCAGCAGGACCGUCGUCACAGGCGACUCGGAGGACUCUGGAGCCGCGGAUUUGACCUCUCCGAUCUCGGGUUGAGCAGCUUCGGCAAACAGCAGGAUGUUGCCCUGAUGCAGGAUCUCCUCAAAGGGGUCAGUCUGCAGUGCCCCAGUUGUGACCGGGUGUCUGACGUCACGCUACAGCCCUGUGGACACAAGAGCGUCUGCCGGAAGUGUGCGGAUACCGUCACUUCCUGUCCCGUGUGUCACGUGGACAUUGAGGAGAAGGAGGUGGAUAAUACAGAUGACGAGAACAGCGAGGAAAAGAAGAAGGAAUAACUUGAUGAGGACUAAUUCUUUCAAUCCUUACAGUUCAGUAAAAUAGUGUUAAUCGGAAAGUGAACAGGAAAAUAUGAACUGUAAAAAUUAAGCGAAUUAAUUAAUAGUUAAUUCCCUUUCUUGUGACUGCACCAAUGACUUCCGGUAGUGUUUGGCAUUUGCUUGUCUAGUCCAGACAAACAGCUGAACCAGUGCAACUGUUCUAUCAGCUGAAAUAUUGUUAUGUUAUUAGUGCAGACGACGAUUAAAGACAUUAUUGUAGGUUUGAAUAAUGUUUAAGAUAAAGCGAGAAAGUAUGUAACAAUUAACGAUCCAAGAGAUACCUUAUAAUUCUGCCUCAUCGUAGACGGUAAAACAGUGAUUUACAAGCAGGACUAGUGAAUGCAAAUGACUAAGGAAAAAAAUAAGAAUGUGUGUGUGUGUGUGCUGUGUGAAAUCCAGAGUUUCUAGAGAAUAAAAAGUAAUACAAGUCAAAAUAAGUGAAUUUCUGUUUCGUCUGCUAGUUGAUGUCAAAUCGCUCAUUUGUUAUAGUAAAAUAAAGGUUUUCUUGUACAUA